AUGGCUGAACCAACUCCCCCUCUCAACGACCAUGCGCCCAACAUGCCGUCCGACAACGACGGCCAGGAGCAUCCCCUCGUCUUUCUUCUCAUACCUCCUCUUCCGGCAACCAGCUUGCAGCGUCGUGCCGCCGAUGUCAGGCGCAAGCGAUUGCAAUGGACCGAGGGCUCUCCACCCGGAGUAUACUGGAAUGGGGACGUCAAUCCGCUCAAACCCUUCGUUAUGAUGGGCUAUGCAUCGCAGGUCACUUCGUCGGCAGAUACCGCCGGAGAACCUGCUUCCUCUGCCGUUGAGGGUCGCGUCGAGUCGGAUACAGAAGACUCCGCGAGGUCGUCGGCGCCGAGCGUUCCCUCGUCCGCAUCCUCGGAGUGCUCUGAGCCUCCGGAUACGCCACCGGACUCUCCAAAAGAAUUCCUCAACAAAGUGAAGCGUCGUGCUACGGUAUCGCAACGUGGCUUUUCUAAAGGCGAGCUGGUUGAAGUUGAUUUCGAUGCUCAACUCAGAGACUUCGUAGUCGAAAGACAGGGAUAUAUGCUCGAGCUGACCAUUCCUCAGUUUGAUGACAGUUAUCCAGACGGAGUGGAGAACAGCAGCUUCAAACUACACGUCGACACUGCAUCGAAUAUCACCUGGAUUCUGGGUCAUGACUAUUGCUGCGCCGAGGCUUCGAAGUCAAGAGACGCUGCCAAUCGUCCGACGCAGAUCUCUCUGUCGAAUUGGAAGGCAUUGCCGAGGAAGCACCAUACGCUAAUACCAAAACCAGAUGGAUGGGACGUGAUAAGUCCCCCGAAAGACCUCACUCCACCGUAUCCCCCGUAUGUCCUUUACCAUGACAAGGGAGUAGCUUUGAUCUCGCAGUUGCGCGAACCCCGUCCCUUUACCGUGAAAAGAUCCUACAACUGGAAUCGAUCGCGCUGGAAUGUGCCUAUGUCGUUCGAGGGUUAUCAGUUCGCUGUGGCGUAUGCGGUUGACAGGGUCACGGCCGGCGACUACACGAAUGGUUCAUUGGGCUUAGGACUGAUGCGAACGCAAGACAAUGUUCCCAGUAAGGGGGCUGAAAGGGCAUUCUCGUCUGUUCUGGCCGAUCAGGCUUUGCAAUUGAGCGACUCUUCUGAUUUCGUCGACGGGGGCCAUAUUCUCAUUUUCGGAAUGCGCCCUCCUUGGGUGGAUAGACUCAUCGACUCGAGCUGGUUGUCGAUUAACAAAUUUCCUGGCCAGAACGUCACGUUCUCGGACAGGAUUCCAGUCUCGACAGCACCGACGGGCGGCCUUUUCCUAUUUUGGUCCAUUGAGAUGCUGCGGAUGGUAUUUUACCUGGUCGAUCGUAAAGACAGUCGCAAAUCGCGUAUGCCAUACGGCACGAUCAAUCUCGAAGGUACUGUUUUUGCUCUCGAUACAGGUGCUAGCUCAUCGAUAUUCCCUAAGAAGGCCGCCAGGAUGAUCAGAGACGAGAUUUUCCUGGCCGAGCCGAAUGACGACUCUGCUACCCGGGAGAAAUUCGAAUACACGAUCUCGGAGGUUGAGCGCGACGACGACUUUGAAAUCGAUUUCGUGUUUCGCGGGGAGGGCCGCAAUGAAGUCACCGUCACCGGAACUACAAUGCCGUUCAUGUACCAAAAAUCCGACCCGGAUUACGGGUCAUUGAUACACGGAGGGGACCGGGGUGAUUAUGUUCUUGGGCUUGAUUUCUUCCAGACGAUGUUUGUUGCCUUGUAUCGCCCAGACAAGGACAAUGAGCUGCCAUACGUGAGGUUGGCGCCUCAAAACCAAUCCGAGUCUGCGCUUUCGGUACUGCCGCCGAGAGAAGUUUAGUUGGCUGGUAGAUCGAUACUUUCCGCUGUAUACGUACUUCAAGUUGUUCCAUAUAUCAC